AUGGGAACGUAUGACUACAAUUCAUCGUCUUCUAUCCAUCCAAGUGAGUUUGAGGGUGGGAGUAGAUGGGAAGGUAGUUUACAAAUACCCAUCAUUUUUGGAAUAGCGCCUAGAGCCUACGUCCCAUACGUGGCACAAUGUAAUGCAGCACACUGUAGUACUUAUGUCGCAUGUUCAUCGAAUUCAAAUUGUGCUUGUUUCGCUAUUGCAACGGGUGGUGGAAUUUGUGCUGAUGGUUCAAUAUCAUGUGCAGCAUUUACUGCAUGUGACGGUAAUCAAACCUGUUCGAAUUCGACAACAACAACAUCAGUAGCAGCAUCAAGCCGAAUCACCACAGCUCUAGAAAGAAAAUCAACAACUCCUACAAAAAAUAGUUUACCUGCACAAUGUUUCAAUUACACUACAAUCCGUGAUACGACCCGCAGCGUCAACUAUACAGGAACAGCUGUAUGUGAUAUCGAAGUAUUUAAUAGUACACCAAUAUGGGUUCGAUUUCUUGGUAAUGGUGGAACAAAAAUUCCUACAUCCGCCCCUAAUAUUACUCACUGCGGAACGGAUGCACCUGGAUGGUUAAAUGGUGUCUAUCCAUCAAUAAAUGGUUCAACAUAUUCAGCUCAAGUCUGUUAUUAUUACUCGACUAAUACAUGUUUUUGGUCAAACUUAGUGCAAAUAACAAAUUGUUAUUCAUUUUUUGUAUUUCAAUUAAUUGCACCACCACAAUGUAAUUUACGUUAUUGUACAAUCACUUGA